AUGAAAGCGCUGGCGCUGGACGCCAUUGUUAACGCUGAUUUCAACAUCUUAAAACGUGAAGACUGCGGUGAUAAAGGUAUGUGUAUUUUACGUGCAUUCAUUGGAGUUGGCGCACUCAUCGUUCUUGGUAUGGAGUUUACGACAUCUGCAUCAGAUAAAGCGAGCUUUAAUAUAGUCGUUGGAAUCAGUCAAAUGAUAUUAAGAUGUGUUGCCGGUGACGACAUUAAAACAAAGUUAUUGUCUUUAACUUUGGAAAAAGAAUACAACAGCACGUCUUCUGUUGUACUGACUUCAGUAAAUUAUAUAACAAGGAUUCCCACAUUGGAAUAUGUACCUAAAACACUGAAGGCUAUUGUGCGAGGGAAUAUAGCACUUUCUGUGUUAGAAGUAUCAUAUAUAGAACUUCGAUGGGAAAAUGUAACGAGCGAUGACUCGGGUGAAUACAAAUGUAACGUAAGCUACAAGACUGCAGAUAACGUAACACAUACAACAACGGCCAGCAAGAAAACUAGUGUACUGGAUAUAGAUGACGUUGUGCGCCUGGAUGCAACAUUUGCAGGAAGUACCAUGACAUUAAAAUGUCGUCUUGGAAACGCCGAGCUACCUGUAUAUGCUAUUUAUUUGAUACAACUGGAUAAAGUAUAUAACACGUUGUCUAAGACAGUGGCUGCAAUAGGGACAGGGGGAAAGGCCGUCCUGGAAGACGAACAGUUAGCACAGAGAAUUGCGGCAACCGGCGAGAUACAACAAGGUAGCCCACUAGAAGCCUUCUUACAAGUUGUGUUCACAGAAAUAGCCAGCGGCGACUCGGGUGAAUACAAAUGCAUAAUACAACUCACAGAUAACGUUGACAAGUACAAAGGAGUGAAUUGGGAGACCAGCAAGAACGUUACAGUGACGGAUAUAGAUACUACUCCAAGUCCAGAUCCAACUGCAGGUCUAGAUCCAACUGCAGGUCCAGCUCCAGAUCGUAGUACAGGUCCAACCCAGGGUCCAAACCCAGAGAGUCAGAGUGAAGGCUUAGAUUCCGGCGUUAUAGUGCUAUUGGUGGCUGUGAUUAUUUUGGCUACUUUCAUUCCUGCAACUUGGCUCAUAUUCAAGAGGUGGAAACGCAAUGCGAUAUCCAAAGAAGACGCAGUGCCGUUGGACGAUGCUGAGAAAGAAAACCAGAAAGCUGAAAUGUCUGUACUUGCAAGUUAAAGACAAAUACACAUGAGAACACUAAUGGCACAAGUGACAUGUACUUGACAACACUGACUAGACAGAAGAGGAAAACCCAAACCUGAACCCUGUCUACAUAAAGUGGAACAAAUGAAGCAAGAAAUACUUUUGAUUUAAAAUAGAACAAUUGGCUCUGUCUGUAUAAGUGUGUGGAUAUAUCGUAACUAGUUACUGUUUUAAGAUAUCAACUUUAUCCUGCGAAGGUUAGAAUGGCACCAUUCGACCUGAGAAGGAUAAAGCAGAUAUCUCAGGACAGUAACCAGUUAUUUCUUUUAUCCUGCUAUCCUAGAUGAAUAUUCAGAAAAUCUUUAUUCCAUUUUUGUGUACACAAAUCGAGUAUCGUCAACCUAGCAAGGCGCUAGCUACAAUAUAUCACAUUCAAAUAGUGUUUCUAAACUCUAAUUCAUAAAUAAAUUUAUAAGUUUUGUAUUGUUAUCGCAAAACUAACAGUUAUUUGUAUUUACUGUACUUAACAAAUGAUUUAAACAGUAUGUUUAUUG